CCCCGCGACCCAAAAGCCAUGGCGCCGAGCGCCGACUACAACAGCAUCGCCGCGUUCCACGCGAAGCUCGCCCGCAGCAGGCGGAUCCUGGCCGUGUGCGGGGCCGGGCUCUCGGCGGCGUCGGGCCUGCCCACCUUCCGCGGCGCCGGCGGCCUGUGGCGGAACUACGACGCCACCGAGCUGGCCACGCCCGAGGCCUUCGAGGCCGAUCCGGGGCUGGUGUGGAUGUUUUAUGCUUAUCGACGGCACAUGGCCCUACAAGCCAAGCCCAACCCUGGCCACUACGCCCUGGCCGCCCUGGCGCGGAAGAACCCCGACUUCCUCUGCCUGACGCAGAACGUCGACAACCUGCAUUCGCGCGCCGGCCACCCGCCGGAGCAGCUCCACCUCCUCCACGGCUCGCUCUUCACCAUCAAGUGCGACUCGCCGUCGUGCUCCUGGACCGACCCGGCCAACUUUGACGACCCGUUCUGCCCGGCCCUCGCCGCCGCCGCAGAGGACGCCCCGGCGUCGCCUGACCAGAUCCACCCGCUCCUAGACCCAAACAACCCUCUCCCUCCGCUCCCGCCAUCCGACCUCCCGCACUGCCCGCAGUGCCGCACCGGCCUGCAGCGCCCGGGCGUGGUCUGGUUCGGCGAGCCGCUGUCGCGGCCCAUGCUGGACGCCGUCAACGCCUGGAUCGCCCGCGACGCCGUCGACGUCGUGCUCGUCAUCGGCACCAGCUCCGUCGUGUACCCGGCCGCCGGGUUCGCCGAGGCCGCGCGCGCCCCCGGCGGCCGCACCAGCGUCGUCACGGUCAACCUGGAGAUCGGGCCCGGCGUGCUGCGGGGGAUGCGCGAGGAGGAUUUCGCGUUCGAGGGGGACGCGGCUGUGCUGUUGCCGAAGUUGUUGGCGCCUGUGAUUGGGGAUUUGGAGGGG